GCACAACCUUGCGCGUGUGCAUUGUCCAACUCCGUGACAGGAUGCAGCUAAGAAAACAUCAGGUGUGAACAAUAUAUAAAUAGUUUAACUGCAGUUAUUAUACCAUUCUCCGUUUAGCUACUGAACGAGGACGAGGAUUUUCUCAGCAAAAUGUCCUGCAGCAGUAGGCGGCGAGUUGUGUCGGGUACCUCGACAGCCUUGUUGUGCUUCAUUCUGAUGAUGCUCGGUGGUGGUGGCGGCAUUGUUGAUGGACUGCAACAGCCAGCAGUCGAGGAAAUCUCCCUGGAUCAACAAGCAGUGGGCAUCGGUGGGCUGCAGACACAGGUCAUCGCGCUGCAACGUGAGGUCAACAAACUGAAGGCACGAGCUGCCAAGGCCGUGUCUUUUACUGUGUACUCCUCCAAGCCCACGAUGACAGCAAUAAACCAGGGAAUCUUCGUGUUUGACAUGGUUGUAUCUAACAUUGCUAAUGGCUACGACGCUCUCACUGGAGUCUUCACCGCCCCAUACUCAGGGACCUACCUAUUUGUCCUCAACAUUAUGGUAGACAACAACAACAAAUAUAUCCAGGUCGCCAUUGACAAAUCCGGAACACUGCUGGCCCUGACACAUGCCGACAGCAUCAAUGACCCCUGGGACAAGGGUAUGUGUCACGUGACUGCUCACCUGAACUCUGGCGACAGGGUGUAUGUGCGCCACAACGCCGGGCUGCCAGAGCUCUUUGGCGAGAGAUGGUCAUCUUUCUCUGGCAUCCUGGUCCACGCUGACUAAACAUUAAAUCAGAACACGGCUUUGAAACUGUCACUUUGAUAGUUUUUGUUCCAACGACCUCUAGUGUAAGAAAUCUCGCCUCCGUCUUUCGUUUCUCUACCAUUUGUUUGCUCACAUAUUUUUGUCGACCAGAUGCCUUGCAGCCUCUCUAGCUCACUCCCCUUUGAAAAUAACGGAAUUAUCGGACAAAAAUUUCGCUAUCUCCAGAGUGAGGAAUAUCAUUAACAAGAAUAACUAUUAGCCCAUUGUACUGCCUGACGAAAUUUGAACCGAUUAUGAGGCCACCAGGUACUAUAAAUGCCCGCAAUGUGAAACUGAAAUAUCCUAUAAUAGAUAAACGCAUUCAUAUAUAUCUGCAGAUUAAAAAGUUAUAUAUAUA